AUGGUCGGGACAUAUAUGUUCAGCAAUAUAAAAGAUUAUGUGCAGAUUAAAUCAGAGGAUGAUUCUGACGAAGCCAGUACGGUGAUCGUCACCGAGGGUCCCGGUUUCGCCCCGAGGAAUCGUUUGAACUUGGGCGUGGACUUCAAUCAAAUUCAGCUGGACGAAUUUGCAGCACAAGAACCGGAUAAAGUACCCCCGUCGAGUGUCGGUUUCGCCGAGUCCAAAGGCUAUGAUUCGGACGAAGAAGAUGGUGUGAAUUUGGCGGACGUGAAUCCAAGUGUGGCUCCGAUCGGAGAAUUCGUUGGCGGAGGAGAAGAAGGUGAAAAACCAGACGAGCUUCGAAUCGACUUGACCGAUGAUAAAAAGGACAGCAUGGAAGCCGCACCAGGAGGAGCGGAACAAGUUAGCACAUCAGUGGAACCAACGAAGGAACAACUGGACGCAGCUGAUUGGUGGACUCGGUUCUACGCGACAAUCCAAGGGACAGAAAAUUACCAGGAAGAGGAAAAAUUCGACGCACUGUCAGACUCAGAAGACAGCGAACUCAGUCAGAGAUUGGACGAAAUCGAAUACCCGGAAGAACAUGAAGAACAACCAGCAAUCACUGUGACCGAGCAGCGGGGCGGAUUCUGGAGCAAGAAAAAAUGGUGGAAAUCCCAGCUACCGGAGAAGAAACCACGAACGGCUUUGGAAAAACGUCAGUUGGAGUUGGAAAAAAAACGUAAAAAACGAAUUAAGAAGAAGAAGCUUCGACAACGAAUUGCUGAACAAUUUAAAGGAGACGCGAAGCGCCGCUAUCAGGAGGAAUUCUACGAUCUGGUCUACAAUGCCGAUACAACUCAAGACGACAAAAGUUGGGUGGAAAAAAUUCAGCUAUAUCCGAUCGAACUGGAAGAAGUGUUGAAUCACAAUCAGUUCGACAUUCCAUUCCGAAAUUUGCCCCUGUACAAAGGGAAACAGAAGGAGGAUGAAGUGUCCCCCGAAAGCCGUCUUGCUGGUUACCUGAAGUGUGUGUCAGCUUGGGGUCAUGUGGCUGGCAAGCCGACAGGUGUAAGUGGUCACACGGGUGUGGGCGGUCCCCAGAUCGCAUCUACCCGUGAUUCGGACUGGCCAUCGUCCGAUGAUUUGAUCAAACAUGGAAGAGAGAACAGGAUCGUAAUGUACGGUUGUUACGGGUGA